AUGAAGAAUAAUAUUUCAAAGAGAAGUGGUGUGAGAAAGUAUCAAAAAUUAGAACAGCCACGCCUUCGAUGGACACCUGAACUUCAUCAAUACUUUGUUCAAACUGUUGAAAGUCUCGGUGGGAAACAGAAGGCAAGUCCGAAACAUAUUUUGAAUAUGAUGCAAGUGAAGGGACUCAAAAUCUCUCACAUUAAAAGCCAUCUUCAGAUGUACAGGAACGUGAAGGGAAAGACGAUACUUGAAGAAAAUUCACAAUGCAAUCAUUGCUUCACUUCUUCACCCCAAAGAUUGAAGAAUAUCACUCAAGAAUUUCAGCCUUUAUACAGUAAAGGACAUUCACAAACAAGUGAAACUGGUCAUUAUGAUUUAAAUCAGGUAAUGUUUUAA